AGGCCUGCACUGAAAGUGGACGCUAUUUACCCAUCCGUAUCUUUGCCUUCCCAGCACUGCUCUUCCUCUUCCUCUGCUCUUCCCUCGCGCACAGCCGCAGCGCUUCGCGAACCCGCUGGCAAGAGGAAGGAAUCGCCGGACAGCCGUGCGCAGGACGAGAAGCCAGCGGUGGAGAUCAUAUCAGAUACGGACACGGAUAUCAUCAUAUUGGAUGGUCCCCCCACGCCUGUGAGGAACCAGCCCUCGCCACGCACGCGCUCCAGCCCAAUGCUGGGAACUCCCCAGGGAGGAAGCAUCGCACCACACAAACGUAAACGCGACGAUGUCGAUUCCGCGUCUGAAGUGGAGAUACUCUUGACACCUCUGUCCUCAUCAGGAGUCCAGGGUGCGAAAGCGAUCGGGAACAGCGUAGGGUCGCAAGGCAGUGCUCGCAAGACAACCAUACGGACGCCGUUCAUGCACGGGCCGAGUUCAAUGAACACCAGCACACCUAUCAAGCGCACGGAAGCAUCUACGAGACCGCUUAGGAAGGCAGAUCCCAAGUAUGACAUGUUGAACCUCAAGGAAGAGGUGGUGCUGGUCUUUGUCCACCUCAAUCUCUCAGGCGCCCCAUCCGAAUCUGACGAAGCCAUAUGGUGGCCCGCACGGGUCAUCGACCGCGGCGAGCCCCUGCGCGUUGCCCCCUUUGGCAAACACCCCGGUUGGUCCUCGAGGAAGGAGCCCCACGCCGCACUCACGCUCCCGUCCCGCGCGCCCCAGUUUAUUAUGCCCUACCGUUCCGGCCCGACGCAGCUGCGCUUUGACGAGAAGACGUUCGCGCCAUCUGGCCAUGCCGCCAGCCUCGCACUGUCCCCGCACAAGAAGCGGCGGACGGACGAGCCCGACCUCGUCGCACGCUGGAGCGAGGCCCGGGACCUACUGCUCAGGGCGUACCAGGACGCCAAUGACGGCAUGCCUCUGUCGCUCUCGCGGUACAUUGUGGAUGUGUCACCGCCCCUGCAGGGUGAAUAUACGCGUGAAACAUCCGACAUCAGCUUGGACCUGGGCAGCGACGAGCCGAGCGGCAAAACAGGGUCGUGGAGGGCUCCAUCGGCAAACUUCAUGUAUGAUAUCCCUGGCGAGCUCGUCCUCGCGAAAGAGCGUAAGCGAGACACUCAGUACUGGCCUGCGAAAAUCAUGAAAUACCAUCCGCCGAAGAACCCAAAAGAGAAGCCGCGUUAUGAAAUAAUGUACUACGAGGGCACUGUCAAGAACUUGCCUGACGAUGAGGGAAUGUUCUAUACGCCGGCACACGAGGGGUUCAAGACGUGCAUGCUAGGCGACGCUGAAGACGACUAUGGCUUGAAUGAGGGCAACCGGGAUGAAGAUGACGAGUCGGCUCCUCAAGCUGAUCCGUUGGACGAGGAGACAGAGGAACAGCUACGCGCUCCAAGCCCACCACCGACCCUUCCAGCUCCGACAGCCUUCGGAUACGAGCUUACAAUUCCCGAACAAUUCAACUACGUGAAGCCAGUGCUCGUCGCACUCAUGAAUGGCAGAUACGAACCUUCGUUGGCCCGCCACACUAGCUUCAUGAAGGACGGCCGGUCAAGAAGGUCCGUGAUGUUGGACGCGUGGAAGCGCGGCGAGCUUAGCCCUUCUGACAAAGACGAGCUUGACGUGUGUAUACGCCGCUGGAUGCGCAAACGAUCGAGGCGGCAGCAGCUGGGGCUAGUCCCUGCAGACGAGCUUGUUCUAGUUAAGGACGAGGCCCAGGGUCAGAGUGACGUCCCGGCAAGCAAAGGCAGUCUCGAGGCGGUCCCGCCUGUGCUCGAUCUUGACCUCGACCUUGAUCUCGAGUCGGUGGUGGCUGGUGGCGCCGCCGAGAGCGUCUUUUCGGAUAUUCAGCCUCCGUCAUCAUCACUUGCAACUAUUGAUAGCAUACGCACGAAUGUGACGACUUGUAACGAAAGCAUGUCCGAUACCCACGGCGCGCAGGCUGACUCUAGCGUCCCCGACCGCAGCGUUAGUCGUCUGCAGGAUAUCACGCCGGUGCGCGCCACCACCGACGCGAUCAAGGUCGAUGAUGGCGCAGUCUCCACCAUCUUGCAUAAUAAGCCCGACGACCCGACGUCACGCCACGACCGGAAAGAUGAAACGACGGCAGGGCCGCUGCCAACGUAUGCCGAGCUCUCACCUCUGGACCAAAUCACCUAUUGUACCUCGGUCCUCCUUCCGGAGGCGAUCCUCCAACUCCUGCUUUGGCGCAACGGCUACAGAGAGACGCCCGAGCCUGCGUCGGCAGAGGAGGAGGCACGCUUGUACAAGAUCGCGAGGGACAAGGCAGACGCUACCGAUUGGGUACACGAUAUCAUCCGCAUGAAACGCUCCGUGGAUAGGAAGACCUUACCAUCGGAUGCUAUCGUGCUAGCGUCUGCCACGGGCGGGAACAAGUUGAGGGCAAGAAGGAAAUAGCGUAGCCUGACGCACGUGCGUACGACUCUGUAACAGCUCGCACAACACAUACGUGAUUGUG